CUGAGGACGGAGCCAUGAGCGCUCUGAGCGGUCGGGACGGGUGGAGGUAUCUGGACAUGGCCAGGGAGGCAAAGCCGAGCCGGGUCAGGUUGGGCCAAAAGAGGCCGUACAGCAGCAGCCUGUACCUCAGCACCUGCGACCUGGACUACAACCUUUACAGGGAUGACUUCCCAUACCGGGUGUAUGAGUACCAGAAGAUCCCACCCCUCAUUAACCACAUCCCCGUCAAGGCCAGGAGAACGCACGCAAGAGCAGGAGGCACAAGCAGCCCCAGCCCCCAGCACGGGGCGCGGAGCAGCGCCAGCUCCACGGGGACACGGACGAAACUGAGAGCCGAGGAGCUGCAUUCCAUCAAGGGGGAGCUGAGCCAGAUCAAGGAGCAAGUGGACAGCCUGCUGGAGAGCCUGGAGCGCAUGGACCAGCGCAGGGAGCGGCUCUCGGGGUGCAAGGAGAGUGAGAAGAAGAAGGCAGAGGUGGGCUCGGCAUCACCAGCCCCGCUGGGCGCGGGCUCACGGGGCAAGGAGGGCAGCGGAGGGGAUGGGCGCAACACGGACAGCACUGAGGAGAGCACAGACACGGAGGAGAUGAUGAUGAAGGCCCACGCCUCGGACCACGAGGGGAGCCAGUAG